AGGUCUCUAUUGGUUCCUUUCCUCUGGUCAAUGGGGACUUAAAUUCACCGCAGAGAGUACUGCUGGUUUCCAGCUGGAGUGGGAAGAGGAGAGGACUUGGUGACCUUCCAGCUUGUUUGAAUUACCUUUGCAAGUGGUGGCUGCAUCAGAAAGGCUCUGAAUCAGACAGAUGAAAGUGCUUGAAAGCACCUGUGCUGUUUGAGGAGUCAGUGCUCCCUCUGAAAAUCUGCCAGAUGGAUUUCCAGAUUUGGCUUGCCUUUCCAGUGGGGGUAUUGCUGUGCUGUGCUCUUCAGACAUCUGCUAUUCAACAUCCUGCAUCUCACAACUGCACCAGCGAUGGUCAAAGAAUAUCCUUCAGCCACUCCUACAAGACUGACCUGCCCACAUCCUCCCAGAUUAAGGUGGAGGCAGAUCCAUUCCAGCGUGAAGACAACAGCAGAGUGCAGCUAGAUCCUGGAGAGGCUGAGGAUAAUGAAGAGCAGAAUAUAAGCUUUAGGCAUAAUAUCCAUGUGCACGCACCCAAAGGAGACUGUGAAACUUUGACCCACAUUAAAGGUCUGCUUGAAAGGAUAGAGAAGCUUGAGAAAGAAGUGGCAGAGCUGAGAGAAGUUUGCAGCCCUGAGAAGUGCUGUGGGGGAAGCAGAGAUGUCUCACAUUGCAGUGGCCAUGGGACGUUCCUCUAUGAGACGUGCAGCUGUAAGUGUGCUGAGGGCUGGGAGGGCAAUGACUGCUCCCGUCCUUCCUGCCCCAGCCACUGCAGUGGCCAUGGGCGCUGUGAUGGUGGGAAGUGUAACUGUGAUGAGCCUCACUUCGGUGAGGACUGCAGCCAUCAGCUUUGCCCUGAGAACUGCAGCAGCAAUGGGAUCUGCGACACAGCCAAAGGGGUCUGCCAGUGCUAUGAGGAGUUCAUCGGGGAGGACUGCAGUGAGAAACGAUGUCCUGGGGACUGCAGUGGCAAUGGGUUCUGUGACACAGGAGAGUGCUACUGCCAUGACGGCUUCUUUGGCCUUGACUGCUCCCAGGUGCUUGCUCCUCAGAACCUGCAGCUACUGAACUCCACAGAGAAGUCUCUGGCUGUCAGCUGGGAUCCAAUGACUGAUGUAGAUAAUUACCUCAUCAGCUAUUACCCAGUGGGGUAUGAGACACUGGUGAAACAAGUCCACAUGCCCAAAGAACAGUUCAUCUGUGAGAUUGUGGGUCUCCAGCCUGGCACCAUGUACAAUAUCACACUUCAUCAUGUGAAGAAGGGAACUGCUAGUGAGCCCAAGUAUCUAGAAGCAAGUACAGUUCUAUCUGCACUCAGUGCCAUCUGGAUGACAGAAGAUCUGGAAGUGGAGUGGGAGAACCCACCAACAGAUGUGGAUUAUUACAAGCUGAAGUUCAGAUCCCUGGCGGAGAUGGAUGAGAAGCAGGUCAUGGUACCCAAAAGCAGUCACCCUAAGAGCAGACACAUCAUGACUGGCUUGAAGCCUGGCACUGAGUACGAGGUCACUGUCAUACCCAUGACAGACAAUAUAGAGGGGAAGCCAUCCUCAGUGAGUGGUAGGACUGGAAUUGAUACCCCAACCAAUGUGACGGCUGACCAAGUGACAGAAGAUAUGGCCACGGUCUCAUGGAAUAAAGUUGAGGCUCCCAUAGACAGGUACAUGGUGAAAUAUACCUCACUUGAUGGAGACGCAAAGGAAAUAGAGGUGGGGAGUGAAAAUGACACGGUCACCUUAUGGGAUCUGGACCCAGGCAUGCAAUACAUCAUCUACAUCUGGGCAGAGAAGGGGCCCUAUAGGAGCAAGAAAGCAAGCGCCAGAGCUGUGACAGAAAUUGACAGCCCAACUGAGCUGCUGACUGACCAAGUCACAGAGGAUGCAAUUACUGUUUCCUGGAACAAAGUCCAGGCUUCAAUAGACAGAUACAGAGUGAGCUAUAUCUCAGCUGAUGGGGACACAGAGGAGAGAGAGGUGGAUAAAGACAAGAAUGUCACUACCUUGGCAGGACUGAAGUCAGGCAUGGAGUAUGUCAUUUAUGUCUGGGCAGAAAAGGGAAAACAGCAGAGCAAGAGGGCCAGCACUGAGGCUGUGACAGAGAUUGAUCCUCCCAAGAACCUCCAUGUAUCAGAUAUGACUCAUUCUGCUGGUGUGGUUACCUGGACUCCUCCUGCAGCACAGAUUGAUGGCUAUGUUCUGACCUACCAGGGUCAAGAUGGCACAAGCAAGGAAAUACAGCUCAGUCCUAGUGAGCAACAGUUUGUGCUGGAGGGACUGGAACAAGGAGUAAGGUAUACCAUCUUUGUGAUGGCCUAUAAGGGAGAUCGCCAGAGCAGAAAGAUGGACGGUACCUUCUCAACAGUUAGCUCCCUCUACCCGUAUCCCGCAGACUGCAGCCAGAUGCAGCAGAACGGAAAUACAUCUAGUGGCAUGUACACCAUUUACCUGAAGGGGGACUGCAGCAGGCCAAUGCAGGUGUACUGUGACAUGACCACUGAUGGAGGAGAGUGGCUAGUGUUUCAGAGGCGGAGCACUGGUGAGGUGGAUUUCUACCAACGCUGGAAAAAUUAUGUGGAAGGAUUUGGAGAUCCCACAGGGGAAUUUUGGCUUGGUCUUGACAAGCUGCACAAUCUCACAAGCAGCAGUCCCAUUCGCUAUGAGCUCCGUGUGGACUUACGGACAGCCAGCGAAUCUGUCUAUGCUGUCUAUGACUUUUUCCAGGUUGCCUCAAGCAGGGACAGAUACAGGCUGUCAGUGGAAAAUUACAGAGGCAAUGCUGGGGACGCAAUGACCUACCACAAUGGAUGGAAGUUCACAACAUGGGACAGAGACAAUGAUGUGGCUCUCAGCAACUGUGCUCUGACACACCAUGGUGCGUGGUGGUACAAGAACUGCCACUUGGCCAAUCUCAAUGGGAAAUACGGGGAGAGCAAGCACAGUGAGGGUGUGAAUUGGGAGCCAUGGAAAGGUCAUGAAUUCUCCAUUCCUUUCACUGAGAUGAAGAUCCGUCCUCAGUCUUCCAGUAACGAACCAAUCUUGGGGAGAAAGAAGAGGUUUCUGUUAGGGAAGAGGAAGAUCAGGGCUUAAACUGAACUCAGUGCAGGAC